GGGCGGGGGCACUGCAGCACCGCGGCCCUCGGGCGGCCGGCGCGGCCUGCUGGAGGGGGCGCUGUGGGCACCGCGCAGCGGCCUUUUGUCAGCGCGCAGGGCCAGGAGAGCUCUCAUUUCCUCCCAGCCUCGUGCGGGAAAUGGCUUUAAUUCUGACGGCAGGGCUGUGAGGGACUAGCGGGAACCCGAGCCUUUUGUCAAGGAACUGCGGCGUCGGUGGCCAGUCAUACCCGCCGCCGCGGAGCCGCUGCACUGCUGGGGGAUCUCCCAGCAGCUCUGACGAGCGCGGGCUGCAGCAUGGGCAGAAAACGCUGCUCUGCAGAUUAGCUGGGUGGAUUUUUUAAGCGCACCCCACCCCCCAAACCCAUAAAAUAACAAAACCAACCCGCAGUGGCCGACCGGAGAUAGCUAAGAUGCCGCGCAGGAGUUUCCACCUGGAUGUUUGAGGUUGUGUAGAUGUGGCCAGCACCCUUGAGAGUGGAGCUAGGGGGUGCAGACUGAGCAGUGAACAGAAGGAGCCUUGGACAGGGCUGGGCCAGCCUCCCGAGUUCCAGGAGCGAAUUGCAAACCCACCGGGAAAAUGAGCGAAGAGACGGUCCCCGAGGCUGCCUCGCCGCCGCCCCCGCAGGGGCAGCCUUACUUUGACCGCUUCUCAGAGGACGACCCCGAGUACAUGCGCCUUCGCAACCGGGCGGCGGACCUGCGGCAGGACUUCAACCUGAUGGAGCAGAAGAAGCGCGUCACCAUGAUCCUGCAGAGUCCCUCUUUCAGGGAGGAGCUGGAAGGCCUCAUCCAGGAGCAGAUGAAGAAGGGGAACAACUCCUCCAACAUCUGGGCCCUGCGACAGAUCGCGGACUUCAUGGCCAGCACCUCCCACGCAGUCUUCCCAACAUCUUCCAUGAAUGUCUCCAUGAUGACGCCUAUCAAUGACCUCCACACAGCUGACUCCCUGAACCUGGCCAAAGGGGAGCGGCUCAUGCGGUGCAAGAUCAGCAGUGUCUACCGACUCCUGGACCUCUAUGGCUGGGCCCAGCUGAGCGACACCUAUGUCACGUUGAGAGUCAGCAAGGAGCAGGACCACUUCCUGAUCAGCCCUAAGGGAGUUUCUUGCAGUGAAGUCACAGCGUCCAGCCUGAUCAAGGUGAACAUUCUGGGAGAGGUGGUGGAGAAGGGCAGCAGCUGCUUCCCAGUGGACACCACAGGCUUCUGUCUGCACUCGGCCAUCUAUGCAGCGAGGCCCGACGUGCGCUGCAUCAUCCACCUGCACACACCGGCCACAGCAGCGGUGUCGGCCAUGAAGUGGGGCCUCCUGCCUGUCUCCCACAAUGCCCUGCUGGUGGGGGACAUGGCCUAUUAUGACUUCAAUGGGGAAAUGGAGCAGGAAGCCGAUCGGAUCAACCUGCAGAAGUGCCUUGGACCCACCUGCAAGAUCCUGGUGCUAAGAAACCAUGGAGUGGUUGCUCUGGGUGACACGGUAGAGGAGGCAUUUUACAAGAUCUUCCACCUGCAGGCUGCAUGUGAGAUACAGGUGUCGGCUCUGUCCAGUGCCGGGGGAGUGGAGAACCUCAUCCUCCUGGAGCAGGAGAAGCACCGGCCCCACGAGGUGGGCUCCGUGCAGUGGGCCGGGAGCACCUUUGGGCCUAUGCAGAAGAGUCGGCUGGGGGAGCAUGAGUUUGAGGCCCUCAUGAGGAUGCUGGACAACCUGGGCUACAGAACAGGUUACACGUAUCGCCACCCCUUUGUUCAAGAGAAAACCAAACACAAAAGUGAGGUGGAGAUUCCAGCCACGGUCACAGCCUUCGUGUUUGAGGAGGACGGUGCCCCGGUGCCCGCCCUGCGACAGCAUGCCCAGAAGCAGCAGAAGGAGAAGACCCGCUGGCUCAAUACGCCCAACACCUACCUGCGGGUCAAUGUGGCCGAUGAGGUCCAGAGGAGCAUGGGCAGCCCCCGACCCAAGACCACGUGGAUGAAGGCUGACGAGGUGGAGAAAUCCAGCAGUGGCAUGCCAAUUCGCAUCGAAAACCCAAACCAAUUUGUGCCUCUCUAUACUGACCCCCAGGAAGUACUGGAGAUGAGGAACAAGAUUCGAGAACAAAACCGACAAGAUGUGAAGUCAGCGGGGCCUCAGUCCCAGCUCCUGGCGAGCGUCAUUGCCGAGAAGAGCCGAAGCCCGUCUACAGAGAGCCAGCUGAUGUCCAAGGGAGACGAGGAUACCAAAGACGAUUCAGAGGAGACGGUGCCCAACCCCUUCAGCCAACUCACUGACCAGGAGUUGGAGGAGUACAAGAAAGAGGUGGAGAGGAAGAAACUAGAACUUGAUGGAGAGAAAGAAACUGCCCCAGAAGAGCCUGGCUCACCUGCAAAGUCUGCACCUGCUUCUCCAGUGCAGAGCCCAGCGAAGGAGGCAGAGACAAAGAGCCCUUUAGUCUCUCCUUCCAAGUCUUUAGAGGAAGGUACUAAGAAGACAGAAACAAGCAAAGCCGCCACCCCAGAGCCCGAAACAACCCAGCCGGAAGGGGUGGUGGUCAACGGGAGGGAGGAGGAGCAGACGGCAGAGGAAAUCCUCAGCAAAGGCCUGAGCCAGAUGACCACCAGUGCUGACACGGAUGUUGAUACCUCUAAGGACAAAACCGAGUCGGUCACCAGCGGCCCCAUGUCCCCAGAGGGCUCACCUUCCAAGUCUCCCUCAAAGAAGAAAAAGAAAUUCCGAACCCCCUCCUUCCUGAAAAAGAGCAAAAAGAAGGAGAAAGUGGAGUCCUGAUUCAUGACACCCUUGGGCUCCCUCCUGCCUCCUCUCUCUCCUUCCCUUCCCUUCUCCCAUCUCUGUCCCUGCAAGCACAGGGCUAAGGAGGGAUAGAGUAGGACCCUGGACCACAUUCGGAAGGGGAACUUAGAGAUCACCCAACCAACCCUUCGUUUUACAGUUGCCCAAGAGAAAUCAGGUGACUUGCCCAAGGUCACACAGCUAGUUAGCGGCAGAGCCUGCACUCGAAUUCAGGUCUCCUGACUUCCAGUCCAGGGCUCCUUCUACUACACAACACUGCCUAGUUGUGGGCUGCCUUUGUUUGGAUGCUGUCCACCAAUCUGAGCCUAGGGCAAGAAGGCCAGAAAUGGGCCGUGAGCUCUCACAGGCUCAGACUAAAUCAGAGGUCAAGGCUUCCCCUGAGUAAGGUCCAUUUCUUCCCAGGAAUCCAAUCUCCUGCGGAUGGAGCUAUCUCUACAUUUAAAAAUCUCUUCUCUUUUCCACUUUGGGUCCCUGCCCUGCUGCUCAAAGUAACUAGCCAAAUGGACCCCUCCAACAGAAAGUGAUCUUUGUUCCCAAGGGCUGAUGGCUUAGCUUGUACUUCCCCAAACAUUAACCCUGAGCUUUCUUCAUGGAACCUCUUGAAUGAUGGAUGGAAGAGCUAUAAGAGGUGGCAGGCAUAAGGGCAAGCCAUGUAAGCUGAGGAUUGGGGAUGGUUUCAUCAACAUAAGAGGCCAGGAACUUGACCCCUUUGAAUUGUGCAUCUCAGGCACUUCAAAACUAAAACCAAAUUUAGCAUAGGAAAAAGUUGUUUAAUGCUCAGGGCAGAAAUUUGGGGAAGUUGAAAUCCUCUGUUGGCUUUGGGUUGUAUAAGGAGGAUCAAAACAACAGAGGAAAUGCCAUGACUUUCUAGCUUUGCAUGACACCUGGAGCAAUGCACUGUACCUGCCUCACUCCUGUCCAGUAGUCAGGUUUCCCCUGACCUUCCCUCACCCCCAGAAACAGUUGCUUACAGACCGAAACUGGCAUCUUACUCUUGGCACCUUGACUUGCACCCUCUGAGGUUCCAACUCUGAGUCACUCUUUGUCCAGCAGAGGAGAAUCAGAAAUGAGCCCUUCAGGAUUAAUCCUCUUGCACCAGCUCUCAGAGAAAUGCUGGGUGUCCCUGUCCCUGUCCCUAUCUGUCCAUCCUGGGGCCUGGUAAUGGCCACAGUUAUUGUUUUAAAUGCCAACACUGUCUUCUCAUGUUCUUCCGUGGGGCAUUGAUUAAUGAGCAUUUGUUGGCUCCUAAAAAUUAGACAAUCCAUUCUCUUGAAAGCACAGUGUCUUGAAAGAAUAUUUUUCCUUUUGAUCUGACUAUCGUGAAAAUAUUUUUGAAAGUUCUUAAUCAUAGUUUUCCACUUUUGAGCACUUGCUAUCUAUAGACACUGUGCAGGCUUCACAUACAUUACAUUCUUUAACCCUCACAGUAAUCCUUUGAGGGGGGUAAGAUCAUUCCCAUUUUGUGGGUGAGGAAAUUGACCCCCUAAAAUGAUAAUUGACUUGUCCCAGCUGACUUGGCUAGAAAGAUCUGGAUCCUGGAUUUGAAUCCAGGUCAGUCUGAGUCCAGAGCCCUUGCUCUUAACAGCUAUGGUGAACAGACAACUUUAAUCUCCAGGGGUGGUGGUUUUCAUCCAGGAUUUGUCUCUAUGACUGUUCUCCAUUGCAUAAUGUUAGCACUUGAAGCAAAGGUAGGGAGCGCCCUGUGCUCAUCCUCAUCACUGCACGUGAAGUUCCUGGUCAAUGUGGACUGUGGUGAUGCUACUGUGUGCCUCUGACAAAGGAGAGGCAAGAGCCUUCUGGUUGGGGCGGGAAAUACCAUCCAUAGUUGGCUAUUUCUUGAGAAGGAAGGAAACUGACCUAGGACCAAGGUAAACCUGACACUGUGUCUCUCUAGUGCAGAUUCCUAACUGCUACCCCAGGCUCCAUCUCUGUUCUACUUCCUGAUUGGGUCAAAUUUUAGAAGGGACAACCCACUCAUGCCUCAGAAAAAUCUGUCAUAUGGGAAAUGCCUUUAAAAGCCAAUCCUUUGAUGCCUUCUUUUAAAAAGUAGAUUUCACAUUUAUUCAUUUAUCCUUACAUGGUAUUUGUUAAGGAUCCACUGAGCACCAGGCAUUAUGCUGACGUUGAAAGAGAGCCAUCAUUAUGACUAGAAUAAUAAGUGGCAAACGAUGUUGUGAGAAUGGUGAACACGACCUCUGAUGCAGCCUUUUGUGUGCGAGUUGUUCUACUUCGGGGGUGAUGUUGAUUGCCUCUGCAUUCAACACACUCUAUUCCCUUGACAAUGAGGCCUCACUUAGGCCUCAUUGGGUGGAGUCUUGCUGCAGCAUUAUUCUUGGAAUUUAUGCCAUGGGCCCACUUUCUGUUGAUAGAUGAACCUGUCAAUUGGUUCAUUCCUCAUGCAUUCCAAAAACAUGCAUUGAGCUUGGGUCAAGGGCCAGGCGUGAGGAUAGGCAUAGUUCCUGCCCUCAAGAAGUUCAUGAGCAUAGGAGGUGUAUAGACAAAUUGCAAAACAGGCAAGGGUACCAAGGUGGCAUAAGAAAGCAACAAUUAACUAUCUUGGGGACCAGAGAAACCCUGAGAGAAGCAAUGGCUGUUAAGGUUUUAAAACAGUAAAUUUCCAGUAGAAUGAAAGGAUUGGUAGGGCAUGCCACGAUGAGGGAAGAAUGUGCAAAGGUGUGGACGCAUGAAAUGCCAUGAUGGGUUCUGCUGAGCAACGUGGCAUUGCCAGAGCAUGAUGUGGAAGCUCAGGGGUUGAGGGGUCCCUUCAUAGGUAGGCAGGGCUGAAUCCUAAGGAAACUGGUAGGAAGUGUGGAGGAGCUAGACUUGUCAUGGAGGGGGUUUGGAGCCACUGGAGCCUUUAAAUCAGGAUAGAGUCAUGAUCAGAAUUGCAUUUUAGGAAAAUCCCUUUGGUGGCUGAAUGGAGACUGUGGACUGGAUGGGCGUGGGAUGGUGGCAUGGGAGCUAUGAGGCCUUUUUGAAAUGUCAAUACUAAAACAUAGUUGAUGGCCUGCUUUACACGAUGUUUCCUCUACAGCAGAUAGUGAGUUUCCAACACAAAAUUUAUUUCCAUAAAAGUCUUUGGAUAAAGCACCUUAAGAGGGAUUUUCAACAAGGAGAGGGGAGCAUUCAAAGAGCUAAUGUUUCCAGUUUUAUUUUGUCUUGGUGUAGAAUUGCUGGGAGAGGUGUCCAGCCAUCCUGCCAUUUCUUCUUCCCUUGCACAGAAUGUGGCACAUUUAGCUCCAGGCUUGAGGACAUGCACCAAAUGCUACAGAAACAGACAUGUGGUCCAAACAAAUCUACAGGCUAUUAGAAAGGAAAGGCCAUUUUCUUUGGCUGUGGAUAAAAGUUGGCUGAAAACUUUGACCAAUAUCUGACUGGAGAAAAUGUGUAUUCAAGAGCUCAGAUUUGGUGGGCAGUAGGUUCAUGUCUGGUUGAGCCACUGUGCUUGGAUGUGCCAGAGAAAAGGGUAACAUUUGAACCAAUGUGCUGCUCUGUGGCUGGCUGAGCUGGGAAGUGGAGAGGUUUCUGAGCUUAUUUCCAUCGGAAGGCAGGCAGGAGGAGAGAGGACAAGAAGGAUUAGUGGUUUCACAGAGACAGGCUUGGCUCCAACGGCUCCCUGCGUAGUGUUGGCUGCACCCAACAGUGGUGUGAGAGAACCGUCCAUACCAUGUGACCUUCCUCCCAAACUGCAGAAAGAGACACCUUCUAGCCCAGAUCUGGACUCCCUAAGAGCCUCCUGGCCUGCAUGCAACCCAAGUAACUGUCCUACUUUGGCCAGUUGACCCCCUCCACUCUCCUAUAACUAAAACAGGGUUCUUCCUCUGUGAACAGAUAAGUUCUUUUUAAAGGACUUGGGGGAAAUUGGAUGAAGAGCAGUAAGUUCUUACAGUAAGAACCCCACUGUAAAGCACUGCCCUCUGCCACUGAUCCAUGUAGACUGAAUUUGAAUCCCAUUCCCUGUGGAUGAUACCGUCACUUGCUCAUGGUGACAUGGCAAGACAGUCAUUCAGAUGUUUGGCAUUGUUGUAGCAGGGCUACUGCCAGUGUGGGGGAAAAUGCUAUAAAUCCACUUCUUUGAUUGCCAUGGAUUUGAAAGAACCAUUUGCCCAACAGCAUGAUUCACCUCUGAAAGUCUAAAAAUAAUUUUCAAUUUUUCCAUGAAGGUAUGUGGAGGAUAGACACACAGCCUACCCAUAGGUCUGCAUGACAUGUUUUUUCUUUUUCUUUUCUUUCUUUUUAUUUUUUUUUUUGAGACGGAGCUUUGCUCUUUGUUGCCCAGGCUGGAGUGCAGUGGUGCAAUCUUAGCUCACUGCAAUCUCUGCCUCCCGGUUUUUCAAGCGAUUCUUCUGUCUCAGCCUCCCAAGUAGCUGGAAUUACAGGAGCCCGCCACCUUGCCCAGCUAAUUUUUGUAUUUUUAGUAGAGACGGGGUUUCACCAUGUUGGCCAGGCGGGUCUUGAACUCCUGACCUCAUGAUCCACCUGCCUUGGCUUCCCAAAGUGCUGGGAUUACAGGCAUGAGCCACUGUGCCAGCUGACACGUUUUUUCUUUUGUGUGAAUUUUAUGUUCUAGUUUUGGGACAAGGGUAAUGAGUUCUUGACUACUGAACAAAUGAGAGAACAUUUACCCCUUACUCAUUUUACACAUGCAGGUCAGCAGAAGCCCUAGAGUUGGUUGGCACAGUCGCCGUUGACUCUGAGCAUAGAGGAAACAGGUCUUUUUACAUUCUCUCUCAUCACUUGAGCUCAAUUGAACUCUCUAAGACCUUAGCACUCAAAGAGUCUGAAAAGAAAUGAGGGAGAGGCUAAAUUUAAGCUCUCCACUCCCACAGAAAGGACAGGGCACCCUACAAUCUAAAAGCCAGUGAGGCAGCCUAUCAACUGUUUCACAUCUGUUCUGAAAGGGAUAGUUUAAUGCAAGAAGUAAGAGGCCUGUAGUGACUGUAAACUCAUGAAAUGUGCACAUUUCCACUUGCACCAUAAGAAAGCAUACAUGGAGUGUAAUUACUUCCAGAAGCCCCGUCUAACCAACCUAUUCAGAUGUGGCACACUUUCUGUCAUAAAUGAGAGACCACACAUAGAGCUCGGUCACCAAGGAAUGCCCAACAUCCCUUUACCUCUCACAAUGAGCAGCCACGCUCACCGGGAAGCAGAGUGGGGACUUCAGUGGGGUGUCCCUUAGUGGAGAACACCUUUCAUCAUUUUGAUAGAGACAAUUCCCUUGAGAAUGUAGGCUUUUCAUCUUAGAAACAAUUAGGAAGAAUCUCCAACUGGGAGUGUUCUUAUGUAUACAGAAACAAUGGGUCGCAUUGGUUCAUACUUAGGUGAUAUUAGGUUUGGCUAUAUUGAUGUUUGGUGCCACUUACCUUCUAGAUUUUCCCAAAAGUUGGGUCAUUGCUAUGGGAAAUUGGGGCCUGCAGAUGCGGGAGAAAUGAUCAUUAUUGAUGCAGGGAAGGGGUUCAGGCAGAGCUGGAGUCUGAGGCUCAGUGUGAGAAAGCACUGGCGGUUUUCUAGUAGAGUCAGGUCCUGAGCUCCUCUCCUCACCCACUGUGUCCCGAACUGAGGCCAGCUGUGAUCGGCAAAUUGCUUAUCUCUAGGUAGUUUAAAGAAAACGUAAGAGUUUGGGGGGUGGUGGGAGCAUAACUGUAGAAAGACCCUAAACUCUUCUCUCCCCCAGCAAAUUAUCUUGUAUAAUGUUUAAAAACCCAAAGGCCAGAUCUCCCCUUUUAACAUGAAUCAGAAGGAGGAUGGCAAUUGGACCAAGGGCAGAGUGGCCACACUUGAAACACAUUAUAAAAUGGGAAUAUAUUUCAGGGAACCCCACCCCCACACUUCCACUCCACCUCACACCUGUUGGUCCUGCUUUGUGGGUGAUUGAUUGAUACCCAAGGACUGCCCCACCUUUAAAUUCCUGCAAUUUAUGCUGCAACCAACAUCCUAGUGUUUGCUCUCUCCGGGAAGAGGCCAGGUGGGGGAGAACAUACGGUCCAGAGCCUGAGAUCGCCUGGCUGGGGUGCAGGCAAGCAGGAACCCAGUCUAGAUAGAGUGCAGUGUUCUCUAAAGCUAUGGAUGGUUUCAGUGAAAUGUCUGUGUCUGACAAUCGUCACGCAAGAGUACUUACUGUCUUCCCUUGUACAUACAUUGUCUGUGUUUAGCUUUUCCUAGUAUUGUGAGGUUUCAAAUAGGGGUUCCAUGUAAAUACUCUUUCUGCUACUGAAAUGCCGGCCCCCUGGAGUAUGCAUCACCCCCACAAAUGGUUUUGCCUUUCUCUAUGCUAACACUUUUUGAGCCACUGACGUGCAGAUUGGUGGUUAGUUUCUUGGGCUUUUAUUUUGCAAUUUUAUAUAUAUACACAUAUAAUAUAUAUAUAUAUAUUUAUGGGUUGGUUUUGUAUAGUUUUCUGUUUGAAUCUCUGAGCACCAAAGCUGCCCUUUGAUUUUCACGAGAACUUUCCAAAGCCACUUCCUGAGCCCUCCUGCUGCUUUGGUGUCUGACGGUGAUGCUGGGGUGGCAUCUCUGCCCAUGAAUUUCUGUAUGUGUGUGCUGUUACCUCACCUGCAGACAUGACCCUAGUAAAUCUAACAUGCUUGGCUUCCCA